AUGUUUUUAAGGUGAAUAGAAUUUCUACAUAUGUCCUCAUUAAGGAUUGUCCUUAAUUUCCAAGCUGGAUUUGGAGUCCUGGCCAAUAUGUUUCUCCUUGUUUUCUAUACUUUCAUAAUUCUAGGUCGAAGACCUAAAACUAUGGACAUGAUCUCCUUUCAACUGAUCUUCAUCCACAUAUUGUUGCUCCUCACUGGAGGGGAUAUUUGGCUUUGGGACAUAUUUGAGUCACUAAACAUCGAUAAUGACUUCAAAUGUAAGGCAAAUUUUUACAUCAGCAGGGUGAUGAGAGGCCUCUCCAUGUGCAUCACCUGCCUCCUGAGUGUGUUUCAGGCUGUCACUAUCAGCCCCAGUUCCUCUUUGUUGGCAAAAUUUAAAUAUAAACUAAAAAACCACCUGAUUUAUGCUUUCUUAUUUAUUUGGUCUUUCAACUUGUUAUUCAUUAGCAACCGAAUCUUCUAUGCUGGUGCUUUUACCAACGUGAAUGAGACCAACCAGAUGAAAGUCACUAAAUUCUGUUUACUCUUCCCCAUGAACUAUAUCAUCAGGGCACUGAUUUUAACAGUGACAAUCUCCAGAGAUGUAUUUCUUCUAGUAGUUAUGCUGGCCACAAGUGCAUACAUAGUGAUCAUCUUGUUCAGACAUCAGAGGCAACACAAGCAUCUUCACAGCCUCAGCCACCUGAGAGCAUCUCCUGAGAAAAGGGCCACCCAGACCAUUUUGCUGCUGGUGGUUUUCUUUGUGGUGAUGUACUCGGUGAACUUCAUCAUCUCAUCCACUGCAGUCCUGUUACAGAUGUACAACCCAGUCACCCUGAGUGUUCAGAAGUUUGUGAUGAAUGUCUAUCCCACAAUUACUCCUUUGGUACAAAUCAGUUCUGAUAGCAGAAUAAUCAAUAUGGUGAAAUACAUGCAGUCUAUGUGCCAUCAGAUUUUUGAAAAGAGUUAA